UCAAAAUCUCAAAGGACAAUGCAUCACGAUUCACGAGUUCGAGAUCUACAAAACAUUGAUUAAACCAUUGCCAUGCCUGAAAUUUUAUCAAAAUUCCCAGCUUGCAACAUUGCCAGAAUCAGUUUUGACCAUAUUAAAGUAUAAACUUAGAAGAUUGGAAAUUAAGCAUGCAGUUGACUAACUCCCAUGUGCAGUUCCAUAAAUUCCUUGUCUUCAAGCUCGAGGAGAUCCGGCUUCAAUGGCUGUGAAAAACCAAUAAUAUGAUCGAAAAUCAAGCCUAAGCUGUGAAUGAAGAUUUGAAUGAUGGGAUCAAAGUCUCAUAGCAGCAAGAGCAGCUCGCCACCUUCCAGCUUUGUCUACUUCAGAUGCAUCCCAAUCCUCACCGUCUUGGUCCUCUCCUUAACCUACUUGUUCCUCCUCUUCGUCCCGCUCCGGCAUGUCCCCCGAGGGUCCUCCUCUCGUCUUGACGAGACCCAGUUCGAAGGAGACCUGCGGGAUGUUAUGUUUCCGUGGAACAGGCUCUGCUUUGGUCCAACCUUUGAGAAGCUCAAGAUCGCCGCCUUCUCCAAGACUUGGCCUAUCGGGGCAGGCCCCGGUGGAAUGGAGCGGCAUGCUGCAACUCUCUACCGGUCCCUGGCCCAGCGUGGACACAAGAUCCAUGUGUUCACCGUGCCUUCUGAUAGGAAACCUCACGGGGACAUCCACGAGGGGAACCUCCAUGUCUAUUUCGCUGCGAAUGAUCACGGGUCGGUGAACUGUUCCCUCGCAUUUGAGAUAUUCAACGGGGUUAAUGCCGACGGGGCCUUCGACUAUGUCCACACUGAGAGUGUAUCCCUCCCACACUGGCGCGCGAAGAAUGUUCCCAACGUGGCAGUGACUUGGCACGGGAUCUGGUACGAGAUCAUGCACUCAAAGAUAUUCCAGGAGCUCCUCUCGGACCCAAAAGGGGUCCUCCCGGGGUCCGUGAACGAGCUCCAGGAGGCAGUCCCAAGGCUUCUAGACGAGAUAAGGUUCUUCCCGAGCUACACUCAACAUAUCUGUAUCAGCAAGAGCGCUGCCGAUGUUCUGGUCAGGAUCUACCAGCUACCACCUAGGGACGUCCAUGUCAUACUCAACGGGGUCGACGAGUCGAGAUUUAUCCCUGACACUGAAAGCGGCAUCCAUUUUCGAGAAAAGCACCGGAUCCCACGCAAUGCCACCAUCGUGUUGGGAGUGGCAGGCCGGCUUGUCCAGGACAAGGGCCACCCUCUCCUGUACGAGGCCUUUGCUUCGCUCUCAUGGCGCCACCCAGGGGUUUUCCUCCUUGUGGCAGGAUCAGGCCCGUGGGCUAGGAGAUACUCAGAGCUAGGCCCGAGCGUGAGGGUCCUAGGACCUCUAGAGCCCUCGGAGCUCUCUGGUUUCUACAACGCCAUUGACGUGUUUGUGAACCCGACUCUGAGGCCCCAAGGGCUUGACCUAACAAUCAUCGAAGCAAUGCAUUGCGGGAAGCCUGUUCUGGCCCCAAACUACCCGAGCAUUUCCGGGACAGUAGUCCUAAAUGAGGGACUCGGUUAUACUUUCUCCCCGAAUGUUAAGUCGUUCGUCGAGGCCCUGGAAUCAGUUGUGAGAGAUGGUCCUGAGAAGUUGAAGGGCAAGGGAAUGGCGUGUAAGGAACAUGCUCUUGGUUUGUUCACAGCUACUAAGAUGGCCUCUGCUUAUGAGAGGUUCUUCCUCUGCCUGAAGAACCCGAGAUACUGUCAGUAUCCUCUUCAAUCGGAUUGUUAAAAUAACGAACAUUUUGUUUUACUCGACCAAUUGGCAUUGCAUAGUAAAUUAGCAAGUUCCGAAUCUCGACAGUUACAUAUAUACUUUGAUCAAUGUAAUCAAGAGUCUGGAUCCUGUAUGGGCUUGCUGCAGAAUUUUGAUAAUAUAUACAUUCUUGGCGAGUA